AUGAUUCUUUCCAAACAAUGCAAGGUACUCAAAAUGAGUUCCCGGCUGUACAGCUCAGUGACCAAAAACGAUGUGGUCAUCAUCUCUGCAGCACGAACGCCUAUGGGAACCUUCAUGGGCCCCCUUGCAUCUCUAUCUGCCCCCCGCCUAGGAGCCAUCGCCAUAGAAGCAGCUGUAGAGCGGGCUGGCAUACCCAAAGAGGAGAUAAAGGAAGUGUACAUGGGUAAUGUGUGUCAAGGGGGGUUAGGACAGGCUCCAGCUAGACAAGCCACUAUAUUCGCUGGACUGCCAAAAUCUACUAUUUGUACCACAGUGAACAAAGUAUGCUCAUCUGGGAUGAAAUCUGUUAUGCUGGGUGCACAAAGUUUGCUGCUGGGUGAUCAAGAUGUAGUGUUGACAGGGGGCAUGGAAUCUAUGUCCAAUGUGCCAUUUUACAUGAAAAGAGGCCAAACACAGUAUGGAGGAGUGAAUUUGCAAGAUGGUAUAGUGCUUGAUGGUCUCACAGAUGUGUACAACAAAUUCCAUAUGGGUAACUGUGCUGAAAAUACAGCCAAAAAACUAGGUAUUACAAGGCAGCAGCAGGAUGAUUUUGCUAUGAGUAGCUACAAAAGAAGUGCUGAUGCAUACAAAAAUAAUGUAUUUGCUUCUGAGUUGGUGCCUGUGAAUGUGCCCCAAAGGAAAGGGACACCUGAUUUGGUUGUUUCAGCAGAUGAAGAGUACAAGAGGGUGAAUUUUGAGAAAUUUGGGAAGCUUGCAACUGUUUUUCAGAAAGAAAAUGGCACAGUUACUGCAGGCAAUGCUUCUACUCUCAAUGACGGAGCAGCAGCCCUGAUUCUUACCACCCUUUCAACCGCCGAACGCCUUAAUGUCAAACCUCUUGCUCGUAUUUUGGGCUACCAAGACGGAGAAUGUGACCCCAUCGAUUUUCCUAUUGCACCCAGUGUGGCUAUCCCGAAGUUGCUCCAGAAAACGGGGGUGGACAAAGAUGAUGUUGCCAUGUGGGAGAUCAACGAAGCUUUCAGUGUUGUUGUGUUAGCAAACCAACAGAUUUUAGGAUUGAAUCCAGACAAGGUGAACAUACACGGUGGAGCAGUCAGUUUGGGACAUCCGAUCGGGAUGUCGGGAGCGAGACUUAUCGUGCACCUGGUGCACUCCUUGAAAAGCGGCCAAAAGGGGGUGGCUGCUAUUUGUAACGGGGGAGGGGGCGCUUCUUCAGUCAUGAUCGAGAAAUUGGUCCAUCCCCAGAGACAGCACCAGAUAUUCCAUGAAUCUCCCUAUCGGCUAUCAUAUUCCAUUUCGAAUAUUAGGAUAUUCUAGAAAUGAUCUGGGAUAUUCUAGAAUAUCUACGGAAUAUUCUCUGAAUAUCCAAAUCUGAAUUCAUCAGAUAUUCAUAGAAUAUAUCCAGGAGAACAUUCUAUGGAUC